AGCAACGUCUGCUGUUUCAACAAAUCAGGAACUCGAACUGGACCAACGUCGCAAAGCGCGCUUAAUAUUCAUAACGCAAGCCUUUGCCAUAGUAGUGUUUAUAAAUUCUCUUGUUGGUUUCCUCGAUUACGAUGGCAACUAGUCCCAAAAGACCCUCAUUAGGGGCUAUGGCCCCUCGUAAAAAAGCAAAUCCAAAGCCUGAACUGACAGAGGAGCAAAGACAGGAGAUCAGAGAGGCAUUUGAUCUGUUUGACACCGAUGGUUCUGGUUACAUUGAGGUGAAAGAAUUAAAGGUGGCCAUGCGUGCACUUGGUUUUGAGCCUAAAAAAGAAGAAAUCAAGAAAAUGAUUGCAGAGGUUGAUAAAGAUGCUACUGGAAAAAUCUCUCAUAGUGAUUUUCUCGCAGUGAUGACCCAGAAAAUGGCUGAGAAAGAUUCAAAGGAAGAAAUUCUUAAAGCAUUUCGUCUGUUUGAUGAUGAUGAGACCGGCAAAAUAUCCUUUAGGAAUCUAAAGAGAGUCGCCAAAGAACUGGGUGAAAACCUCACGGAUGAGGAACUACAGGAAAUGAUUGAUGAAGCAGACAGAGAUGGUGAUGGGGAAGUAAACCAGCAGGAAUUUCUUCGCAUUAUGAAGAAAACAUGUUUGUACUGAACGUCGUCGUAAGCACAGGAAUGUGAGAAAAUUAAUGUAAACAUUUUCUAGAUUUUUAUGAUUUGAGUUUUCCUUCACAGUAUCAUUCCAAAACCUCAAAGCCUGUUAACACCAGUGGUCAUUUAAGAUCUCUGUGAGUUUGCCAAAUAAUAAAGACGUCAGCCGUUUACACGUUAUAUUUUUAAAUCUUAAAGAUCAGUAAACAUUAGCACAUAACAGAGGUUUGUGUGAUUGAUUCGUAUCAGACUCUUUAUGAGUUUAUGCCUUAGGGUUUGUUCAUAUAAAAUUAUUCUGAUCCCUGUGUGUUAUAAUAAGAUGUAAAGUGUCUUCUGUAAACUUGAUCAUCACUCUGUUCUGCUGUAUGCUUUCAGGGACUUAAGAUAUAGAUAUAUAUUUACUGUAAUCCCGUCUCUGUGCCUGAUAGAUAGAUUUCUGCACUUGUAGUGAAUACACUGCAAUAAAAUAAAAUAAAAGAUGUAUUUUCUUGCUGAGCUAAUGACUUAAGAAAAUAAGUUUAUUUUUUUAGACAAGAAAUGAAGAGUUUCAUUGCAAAACGAGAGAAGUCCAUUUUAUUUGACAUUUUUGUCAAAACAUGUUUAUUAUUAUUAUGUUAUCAUGUUAUUAUUUUGUUUUAUGGUGCAACUUAGCUGUAUUUUUUAAGUUAUGAAGGUUUAAAUAAAAAAAACAACUGCAGUUGAAUUGAUAUUAAUUGGAAUGCACAACCAAAAAACGAGUUUUUAUCUCGUUUUGCAAUGAAACUCUUCAAAUAUCAUGUUUUAUGCCCAAAUUUACUUAAAUUUGAUUUUUAUAUUUUCUUAGGUCAUUUUGCUCAUCAGAAAGUACAUCUUGAUUUAAGUAUUAAAGUCAUUUUUUUUUUUGCAGUGCAUCACUUUAUCUUGUGAUUCUGUGAUUAUAUUUUUUAUUUUUAACCAUUCAUAUGUUGUUUUUCAACUGAGAUGUUUAAAAUAUGAUUUAAAGUUGAAUACAUGAUAUUAAGCAGC